GUCAAUUUUUUCUCUGAUGUUGUCUAAACAGUCAGUGGGAGUGUUUGGAGGACUAGAUCUGUUGAUUUAUAGAAAGCAAAGUGCUGAAAUAGAUAACAAAGUUGCCAAAACAAAACAAUACACUUAUACUACUGUCUUUGAAGAUUUAAGAAGUAUGAACUACAAUGUCACUCAAACAGCAACUAACAGUACAAACUUCCUGGACUUUCCAAGGGGAUAUUGAUAGUUUGUUGGUGCAUUAUGAAAAUGAAGAAAAUGAAGAAAGAACAUCACUGAGGGAAGAUGACUUAUCUCCCAUUGUAUUCUCCAGACCUGAGAAGGACAGUGAUAGUUGUGUUCUGUAUCUGAAAAGUUGUCCAGGAAAAACAGUGUCAGUAAAAUACCUAGAAAUACUAAGUGAUAGGAAAACUGUAGAGAUUUACCAUAGAAGUGAGGGUUAUAUGUUUUGUAUGAGAGGACAAUCUGUAGCUAGUGAUCAAGGGGAGACAAUCUACAGAUGUUCAUCAAAACUGGAUUUUAGCUGUGAUAAUAUCUCUUUAACGUUUCCAGCAAAGAUUGAUGUUGAUGCUAUCAAGUUAUACAAGAUAAAAAUAAACAUAAGCAUUGUUGAUAAGGUAGACAACCCUAGCUUUGGGAGAACCAUUGAUUUGGAGAAAGUAAAGGGUUAUUUAGGUGAUAUUCCUGAAAGUGCCAAAGGUCUUUAUAAUAGCAUGGAGGCAUAUCAAAAGAAUCAACAAUCUAUGACAGCAGCCAUGUCAACAGGAAGUGGUAUGAAUAUGGGAGGUUUAGGAAUGAUGGGAUUGAUGUCUGCCUUGAUGGGAAAUCUAAAUAUGUCACCAUCGUCUAGGCAGUCAAAUUCUCCCAAACUUGAUCAAACAAAAAGCCAAGAAAAAGCAAUAAAUGAUUCUGAUGUUCAAAUUUCAACAGAAAUAGAUUCAGUGAAUACAGAUAAUACAUCAGAUGAUGUUGGAACUCCAUGCAGGAAAGAGGAAAAUAGUGAAAAAACAAAAAAUGACCCUCCUCAAACAUUAUCACAGAAGAGCAGGUUGAGUAAUUUAUUGAAUGGUGUUGAGAGUGGACAGAGUGAUUCUGGAAUGUUCAGUAUGUUAAAGGAGAUCUGUAGUACUGUGUCAAAGCAAAGAGAUACUCCACAAAAGGAUACAGUAUUAAUGAGUGUAAAGAAAGAAGGACAAGAAGAAAAAAUAAUGCAAGGAGAUGAAUCUGUUGGUUCACUAAUUGAAGAACAGUUACAGAAAACAGAAGAAAGACUGAAAGUUUAUAUUGAUAAACAAUUAUCUGAACUAGAAGACAGAUUGAAUGAAAGAUUAGACAAAAUUCUAACUUGUACAUGUAAAAAGGAUGAUGUACAAACUCAGAAAUCUGAAGAAACACAAACUAUAGAUUUAACUAAACAAUUAUCUGAAUUAGAACAUAGAAUGAAUGAAAAGUUUGAUAAAAUAUUAAAUUUUGUUAGCAAAACUGACCAUAUAAAACCUCCCUGAAAACUGUAAUUUGUUGAAAGCAUAUGGAUCAAGUUGACCUGUAUCAGAAUGGAGGUGCAAGGAAGGGUAAAACUGUAAAAUCAAUAGUUGGUUCCCUGCAGAAUCAAGAUUGGAUAUAAUCUGGACAGGGUCAGGCAAAUAUAAACAAACCAAAAGUAAUAGGAAUUCAGUAAAUAAUCAAGGAGUUCAAUUUGUAGCCAUAUAUUUUACCAAGAUCAAUGCCAAUAAAGCUUUAUGAACAUUAAGGUGUUAAACUCUUACUCAGGCACUAUAUAUACCAUAAUGGGACCUUCAAUUAGUUUGAUUGAAAUUAAAAAGAGAAACACACUUCAACACAUUUAUAAAAUCACAACUUGCAGUUGAAAUUUAAAAUUCAUAUUUGGAAAUCAAGGUAUUUUGA